AUGGGCCAAGGGGACGAGAGCGAGCGCAUCGUGAUCAACGUGGGCGGCACGCGCCACCAGACGUACCGCUCGACGCUGCGCACGCUGCCCGGCACGCGGCUCGCCUGGCUGGCGGAGCCCGACGCCCACAGCCAUUUCGACUAUGACCCGCGCGCAGACGAGUUCUUUUUCGAUCGCCACCCAGGCGUCUUCGCGCACAUCCUGAACUACUACCGCACUGGCAAGCUGCACUGCCCAGCCGACGUGUGCGGGCCACUCUAUGAAGAGGAGCUGGCCUUCUGGGGCAUCGACGAGACCGACGUGGAACCCUGCUGCUGGAUGACUUAUCGCCAGCAUCGCGACGCAGAAGAGGCGCUUGAUAGCUUUGGCGGCGCACCCCUUGACAACAGCGCCGACGACGCGGACGCCGACGGCCCCGGAGACUCAGGCGACGGUGAGGACGAGCUGGAAAUGACCAAGCGCCUGGCGCUCAGCGACUCCCCAGAUGGCCGGCCCGGCGGCUUCUGGCGCCGCUGGCAGCCGCGCAUCUGGGCGCUCUUCGAGGACCCCUACUCAUCCCGCUACGCGCGGUAUGUGGCCUUUGCCUCCCUCUUCUUCAUCCUGGUCUCCAUCACCACCUUCUGCCUGGAGACCCACGAGCGCUUCAAUCCCAUCGUGAACAAGACAGAGAUCGAGACUGUUCGGAAUGGCACGCAAGUGCGCUACUACCGGGAGGCGGAGACGGAGGCCUUCCUCACCUACAUUGAGGGCGUCUGUGUUGUCUGGUUUACCUUCGAGUUCCUCAUGCGUGUGGUCUUCUGCCCUAACAAGGUGGAGUUCAUCAAGAACUCGCUCAACAUCAUUGACUUUGUGGCCAUCCUCCCCUUCUACCUGGAGGUGGGCCUGAGUGGCCUGUCCUCUAAGGCUGCCAAGGAUGUCCUGGGCUUCCUGCGUGUCGUCCGCUUUGUGCGUAUCCUGCGCAUCUUCAAGCUGACCCGCCACUUUGUGGGCCUGCGGGUUCUGGGCCACACUCUCCGCGCCAGCACCAAUGAGUUCUUGCUGCUUAUCAUCUUCCUGGCCCUGGGCGUCCUGAUCUUCGCCACCAUGAUCUACUAUGCCGAGAGGAUAGGGGCACAGCCCAAUGACCCCAGCGCCAGUGAGCACACCCACUUUAAGAACAUCCCCAUUGGCUUCUGGUGGGCCGUGGUCACCAUGACGACGCUGGGCUAUGGAGACAUGUACCCGCAGACGUGGUCCGGCAUGUUGGUGGGAGCGUUGUGUGCGCUGGCGGGCGUGCUGACCAUCGCCAUGCCCGUGCCUGUCAUCGUGAACAAUUUUGGGAUGUAUUACUCCUUAGCCAUGGCUAAGCAGAAACUACCAAAGAAAAAAAAGAAGCAUAUUCCACGGCCACCGCAGCUGGGAUCUCCCAAUUAUUGUAAAUCUGUCGUAAACUCUCCACACCACAGUACUCAGAGUGACACAUGCCCGCUGGCCCAGGAAGAAAUUUUAGAAAUUAACAGAGCAGAUUCCAAACUGAAUGGGGAGGUGGCGAAGGCCGCGCUGGCGAACGAAGACUGCCCCCACAUAGACCAGGCCCUCACUCCUGAUGAGGGCCUGCCCUUUACUCGCUCGGGCACCCGCGAGAGAUACGGACCCUGCUUCCUCUUAUCAACCGGGGAGUACGCGUGCCCACCUGGUGGAGGAAUGAGAAAGGAUCUUUGCAAAGAAAGCCCUGUCAUUGCUAAGUAUAUGCCGACAGAGGCUGUGAGAGUGACUUGACCAGGCGGCUUGGCCGAGG